CAGUUAGAACCACUCUCUCUCACUCUCUCACUCUUACACUACACACACACACACUUCAUCACUAAUUCUAUCCGUUGGUUUUUUCGCGGCGGCGCCACCACACCACCACCUUGUCGUCGUAGAAAAAGUCUCCGCCCCUCUUCCCCUCCCACCACUUGUCAUUACACUCCUUAUCAACUCUUACUUAUCCACAAAUACACAACCAUUACUAUUUCUAAAAACUAGGAACUUUCCACUAAACAACUUCUUCACCAUACAACCCCUAAACAACUUUCACUACAAAUUCACCCCUCUAAUUCCAAUUUCAUUUAACCCCAUCUAUUCUUUUUUUUUCUCCCUUUAAUUUUAAAUUCCAUUUACAUGGCUUUAAUUGUUGAGCAACAGCCUAAUAACUAUAAACAUUUUUGUAAAAUUUGCAAGAAAGGCUUCGGUUGCGGUAGGGCUCUCGGGGGGCACAUGCGCGCGCAUGGAAUUGGCGACGAAGGCAUUCAAUUAGACGACGAUGAUCCAGCUAGCGACUGGGAGGGAAAUAAUAACGUUCCUCCCAGUAAUAAGAGAAUGUACGCGUUGCGAACAAACCCUAACCGGUUAAAAAGCUGUCGUAUAUGUGAAAACUGCGGUAAAGAAUUUUUGUCGUGGAAAGCUUUUCUUGAACAUGGAAAAUGCAGCUGCGAAGACGCUGACUCACUCAUUUCAUCGCCGGAAUCCGACGGUGAUGAUGAUACGACGAGGAGAGGCUGUAGUAAUUGGUCGAAAAGGAAAAGAUCACUUAGAGCUAAGGUUGGUUAUAAUAAUUAUAACUCGAGCUGCCCUUCAAGCGAAGAAGAGGAUCUUGCAAACUGUUUGAUGAUGUUAUCUAAUGCAACAGUUGAUCCGUUCGUCGCUGAACCCGAAGAAUCAUGUGCUUCAGCUAGCAAAGACGAGGAACAACGAAGAAUUAACCCAAUGAAUUUCAUGGGUGCAACGCCUCUAGCUUAUCGACCAGCGCCUAUAGGCGACAAGGCGAAAAGCGCCGUCGCGAGUAAAGGAAUGUUCGAAUGUAAAGCGUGCAAGAAAGUUUUCAAUUCUCACCAAGCUUUGGGAGGACAUAGAGCGAGUCACAAGAAGGUUAAAGGGUGCUUCGCAGCUCGACUCGACCAGGGACUGGAUGAUCAAACCCUAGCUGAUCAUGAUGAUGAUGUUAUUACACAUGAAGAGUUUUUCCCGACAAAAUCAGCAUCCACAUUUCAGUUUGAACACGGCUCUUUAAAUCCGCCGCUAGCUUCGACUUCAAAGAGGAAAUCUAAAGUACACGAAUGCUCAAUUUGCCACCGUGUGUUUUCGUCCGGUCAAGCUUUAGGUGGACACAAAAGGUGCCAUUGGAUAACUUCAAAUUCACCAGACGCAGCUUCUUCAUUAGCUAAGUUUCAUCAGUUUCAAGAAUCACCAAAGUUUAUAACCAAUUCAGAAGCCCUCGACCUUUCGCUCGAUCUCAACCUCCCUGCUCCGGCGGAUCAUAUCAAAAUCCAGCGUGAUUUACCGGCGAACCCGCCGAGCUACGAAGUAUCGACAGAGAUUUAUUUGAAAACUUGGGUUGGUGUUGAAGCAAAAGACAAAGACAGCAACGAACACCAACAACACCAAAAUGAAGAUGAUAAUAAAGACAACAUUAACAUUAGUAAUAACGUUAAUAACUGCAGCGGUUCAAUGCAGAAUGUGGAAGAUGAAGUGGACAGUACGGUGAAAUUUGCGAAGCUUAGUGAACUAAAGGAUAUGAACAUGAAUGGAAGUUCAUCGCCAUGGCUGCAGGUAGGAAUUGGUUCAACAACAGAUGUGGGUGCUGAAUCAUAGAAAUAAAUAGUGAAGGGAUUUUGGGAUCUUCUCAUUUUUUUUACAUUUUUGGAAGCUAUCUUUUUGUCCAUUUUUGUAUUUAGAAAUUGUAACUAAAGCUGGACAGAUUGAUAAAAUAGUUUUACACCAUUUUUACCUUUUUUUUUAAC